GAGCUCAUAAGCAUAACGUCGUUAAAUUAACCGUUUACCAGCGCGUGCAGUUAAGUGUAAGCUAGCUUCAACAACUUUGCAGCCAUAUAUUUUAUUUCUCUAGCUUAACGUUAGUGUAAUUUUAAGGGAAACUGAAGCAGUAACACGAUAUUAUUACUUUUACUACAGUCGUUUGCUCUUUCUUAGACUGGUACAAUGAUAAAGUUAAACUGUGUGAAUCUUGACAGGUUUAUGGAGGACUUUACUCAACUAGAACAGAAAAUUACAGAGGUUACUGGCAAAAACAGCGUGUUGGAGAUCAUGCUGGAGGAUGCCAAUAGACUCAUGAAAUUCUAUCUGGCUAAGGAGAAGAGUGUGGUCGAGGAGAGAGACAGUCUCCUGGUCACUGUGAACAGACUGCAGCAGACUCUGCAGGAGCAGUGCAACCUCAGAGUGGAGAAUGAGAGACUGAAGAACGACAUGGCUGACCUGAAACAACAGAACAAGAGAACAGCAGAGGAUGGAGAGGCUGAGCUUCAGCAGCUGGCCAGUGAAAUGAGAACAGAAGCAGAGAGACACCAGAGGGCGCUAGAGACUGUCAGGCAGCAGUGCAGGAGAGAGGUGGAGGCCGUCCACAGGAAGGGCUUCCAGCAGCUGGAAGCUAAAGAUGCCGAAGUGAAGAAUCUGAUGGAGAAAAAGGAUCUGGACCUGGAGGAGUUGAGGAAGAGGCUGAAGGAACAGGAGAGGGAGAGGCAGAGCGAGCUCCUCAAGUUACAAAUGGAGUUUGGUGCAAAGUUAGCCAGAGUUCAGAGUACAGCUCAGCUGAGCCAGCAGCAGCAGCAGCAGCAACAACACGGCUCCAACCUUAUUCCACAGAGCGUCUUCAAGAGGGUGAGCAGCCCACACAGCACCUUUUACAUCAUAGAGAAGCUGCAGUUCUUCCAAGAAGAGAAGAACAAGGAAAUUGUUGCUCUGCGUCAGAGAAUCAAAGAGCUGGAAGAGAGCCAGCGUGCCGGCAACUUCAGCGACAGCCGUCUAAAGAAAAGAAAGAUCUAGUUUGUUUACAGUAGCCAGAAGUUGUUGACACGUCAACUCUGCAGAUGCAUGAAUCUCCACACCUUCCGGGGGGGGGGGGGCAGAAGUGACUGAAGUGAUUUAAAAUUUCCAGAUUUGUAUUUCAGUUUCAUUUCAAAGCUAAAUUCGUCUCAUCAGGUGAGUGUGCAGAGAGCACAUUUAUACACAGGGCAUAUUCCUGUAAGUCUUUAAUCCAAUCAGCUGCCUGCAUGGAAGGGCAGGAGGGGGAGGCGCUGAAGUAGGAGAAGCCCACUUCUGAAUAAAUCAGAUAGCUUGAAGUCCAAACCCAUUCAGGGAGUUUAACCUGUUCAUCUCCUUUUUUUCAAAGAAAACUUGUGUUCUACUCAUCUUGUCAUUUUGGAAAAGCAGAGCUCUUAAACUCUACUGCCUUUCAUUUGUGUUCAUGAUUUCCCAUUGUUGUUUAGGAAAGUAAAAGUUACGUCUACCCGAAUAAU